CGCUAAUCUAUUGAUCGCUCAAUUACUCUGUAAUUGGCUACUUGAUCAAUAUUGGAUAUUUGAAUGACGGACAUGUACACGUGUGUUUGCUGUCGUUUCUAUUGAAUGUUAAUGGUGCGGACCGAUCUAUUGAUCGCACGCCUAACUUGCAGUGUGGUUUCGUUGAGAUCUCAUUCCUUUGGACUCUGGUUGUUAGAAAGGCAAGUUUCUGGACUAUUUUACUGUCAUGAUAUAUUAAUCUAUUGAGUUGACUAAAAUUUGUUGUAAUAGUGUAUACCUGUUGGUACCUGUUAGUACUACGACUGCCGUGGUUUAUUCAAAACAUAAUUAAAUUAAACACAUAAUACCCAAAAUCACUCCAAAAUAAAAGGUUGUCAAUUAGUUUCGCAUGAUUCAUGCUGUAAUUAAAAUGUCCAGUUAUUUGCUUUCCUGAAGAUGCGGAAAUCUGACAGAACAUCAGUCCUGAUGUAUCGUAAGUUUUGUUGCAAAAAUAAAGACAUUAGAAGUUAGAUUAUCGUUGAUAUUCAGCACUUGACUUGCCUCCAAUGUUUUUGUAUCAUUCUGUGUUGUAGGCCGAGUGCAAUCUCAGCCUGGUAUGGUAGCCAGAUAUAGACCACUUGUAGCCAAUGUGAACAGCAGUAAAAAACGCUUUUCUGAUACGUCUUGUGAUACUCGAUUAAACUCAGUGCCACUAAAAGGCAAAAUUUUUUCACGUCAGGUUAGUCAACGUGGCACAGACCAGCCAUCUCAAAAUUUGUCUGUGGCAAAGAAGAGUGGUUCAUCAUCAGUACACACAAAACCCGGGCCUUUCGAUUGGGCACAUUAUCUUAGAGAAAUUGAUGCAGAUCCUGUUCAGUCUUCUCUCUUUUUUCAUGUUCCGUUUGAAGUUCAGGUCCCAUCACCAUCAAUUCUUCCUGGACAAAAUGUAGCCCCUGAGGGAAAUUUCAAGCCUGGUCAGUAUUUAGAGGGUAUUGAUCCUCAUAAUGAAAGCUUAAUUUGUGUUCUCUGCGUUUCUGAAUUGAUAGGACGGCGUGUCAAGCUUCAUUUUGCUAGUUACCCGGAGAAGUAUGACUUCUGGACGACAAUAGACUCUCCUUUUUUGUUUCCUGUUGGAUGGUGUGCACAUAACAACCGUCAACUUCAACCCCCCAAGGAAUAUCUCGAAGAAUCUUAUCAUCCAUUUAAUUGGACAAGCUUUUUGGCUAAACUUGGAGCCAAACCAGUUCCUCGCCAUUCAUUUAAAGUACCAUGGGAUUCUGUAAGCUGUGAUGUCAAAGUUAUGCUACCAUAAACAUGAAUUUUUGAAACCAGUUUGUUCGGUUUUGUUGUUUACACCAUAAAUUUGAGUAAGACGUACCUUACCAAAAACAGGUUUAUGCUCUCGACUUACAGCGUCACUUGUGUGGAAGUCCGAUCGUUCAAACGGAAGAAGAUUUAUCGGGAUUCAGUCCUUUGACUCAGUGAUUAAAUGUCGAUUACAUUAAUCCUGAAGUUACAUCCUGAGUGGGAUAGCUUAGAAUCAGUCGCACUUGCUCAGGUGCAUUCAAUUUUUGUCUCCUCUCACAUCUCGAAUUUCAAAAUUAUUUUACACUUUUUUAUUACGCGAAUCCAUUCCUUUUUAAUCGAAUUAUAUUAUCUAUCUCUGAUGUUUUCUACUUUCGCUGAUACCAUUACUACUCUUACUACUCUAGGAUUCGUCGUGAUAGCUUCCUUUUAUUGUACUAAUAUGGUCUAAGAACUUGAACCGAUGUGCAUAUGUAUGUUGCUCAUGUUUGACUGACUGGGUAUUGUAGUUAUUUCCCCACUCAUUGUUUUCUUACAUAGAGAGACUACGUAGAUCCGGUAACUGUUAUGAUAUGACAGCUCUUAAAAUAACAUAGUGUCUACUGAAACGGUGGCUUAGUGGUUAGGGUGUUUGGCCCACGACUACUAAGUUCCAUGUCCGAACCCCGUUCCUCCUACUUAGUAUGGUUCAUACCUAAGUACCUAAUGAAUGAAUAAAUCUAAUAGUUUUUUUCUGACAAAUCAAGCGAUUUAAUUGAGUACCUAAACAACUGAGAUAAACCAGUAAUUCACUCAUUGUAAUGACCUCCAGACCCGAGCUUGUUACAUUUAAAAAAAUGAAACAACUUUGCGUUUACCUAUAAGUACAUUUUGAAAAAUUAAAAUUAUCAUUCGUAUGCAAAAAAAUAUUUAGCCGUGAUUAUAGGUUAAUUGUCAGUUAAAAUGAUUCAUCAAAGGUGAAACAUUAGUCAAAAAUCAAUUAAUAUUUAUUCACUUAAACAUCCCAUUUUACAUACCGAAUCCAAUUGUGUCAUUUAAAUAAUAAAUGAAUCUUGUUACCUGAAAUUCAAGUAAAUGCUUUCUCGUUCGUAAUAUACCUAGUAAGUCUAAAUAGCUGGCAUAUGGCCUUAGGGCUUCUUUGCCCUCCAGUGUGAUCAUUUAAAAUAUUACCACACAAAAAUUCAUAGUUGUAACGUGUCUUAAAUUUAGUAGUUAGUAUACAAUUUUCUUGGUCUGGCUUACGUGUUUUAAACCACAAAGCUAUUAGUAUGGUAUUACCUGAAUGCGUUAGCCUCAUUUGCACCGAUGCUAAAGGUGUGAAAAGCUGGCUAUACAUAUUGUUGCUAAGGUAGUCCUAAAAUACACCAUUACCGUCACAUAUCCAAAUUAAUGUAUUGACGGGUUUUGUUUAUUGGAUCUAAGAUAAUCACUGGUUUCAUCAAAGGCAACUGUACUCUGAAGACGUUGAGAUGAAAACGCCUUACCAACCUGCGUUAGGCCUCAAAAAUUUGAGUAACUACAACUAACAAUGAACUAUAUUUUAAUCUUACUUAUGUUCAUCGGUAUAUAUAUAUAUAUAUAUAUAUUAUUAAGCCGAUACUUUCUGAAUGAGUAAAUGUAGUUGCAAAUGAUCUUUAAUUUUACAUUCUCAAUGGGAUCCAAUACACUUUGUGUAUUUCCCCUAUGCUGAGUGCUGUUGGAAUACUUCAUAUACUAACUGCUUAUAAAACCUACUGACUGCAAAAUAGAUAAUAAACAGUACCUAAAUUCAGUUGCUGAAUUACAAGCGAGUACACAUUUUCCAGUUUUAUCUUGUUCUUCAUCAACGUAGUUUGUUGAUUUGAAGUUUUUCUUAUAUUUUAGCCUGUUGAUGCAUCUCCACCGCAUAUGUUUGCUGUUGGACUUAAACUUGAGGCUAUAGAUAAACGGAAUCCCUCUUUGGCCUGCGUUGCCACUAUAAAAGACUGUAUCGGUGAUUAUAUAUUGAUUCAUUUUGAUGGUUGGGACUCAGGGUUUGAUCAGUGGGCUCACAUAUCAUCUGAGCUUUUACGUCCUGUUGGGUAUUGCGAGGAUCAUGAACAAGUUUUAUCAAUCCCCAGUGAUUGGAGCAACCAUCGUAAUGGCUUUAGUUGGAAACUUUACCUGAAAGAGACAAAUUCAAAGCCUGUACCUAAAGAAGCAUUUGAUGAGGUAAUAUUGGUCAGUUCUAAAUUCGCUUUUGAUUCAUAUCCUUAGGUUCUUGGUCUGGUUUAUUUGUUAAAUGCUCAUAAAAUUCUAAUUAGUCUGAUUGUAAAAUUAUAAUCUAACUGUAAAAUGCAUUAUUGGUACACAUGUGUUUAAGUAAAAAUGCGUGGAUCGUAUUGUAUUUUGGUUUCUAGCUUUUAUUGGUUGGUUGAACGAAGCUAAUCAAGUCAGUUACAUAUAUCAUCUAUUAUUCUGUACUAGUAUAGGAUGUUUACUAGAUAUUGUUUAACACGUUAUAAAAUUAGUUAUCAUUACGAACUGAAAUCAGUUAAAGCCUCAAACAAGGACAGAAUAAAUAACCGGUUCAACCUUUUUUAGUCAAUACCAGCUCGUGACAAACCCAAUCUACGGAUGAAAUAAGUCUUUACAAACUACCUUGAUAAUUAAAUCUAUCAUGAAAAACGUACAUGAUUACUUAGAUCCAAAAGAUACAAAAAAAUACCUUUCGCACUGAUUUGAUCAAACAACAGAAAUUAAAUUGCCGAUAAUCGUGUUUUUGUAUUUAUGGUUUUCUGUAUCACCUGAUCAGACAUUCUCUAUACUUGUCCACAUGUUUCGUGAGUUAUGAAUUUCGUUAUUAUACGAUCUAUGAACUCUUCAUUUCUCAUUUAUCGUGAAACUUCUCUGUUAUUACUGGGGCUUCCUUCAUGUUUUUCGAUGUAUAUUUUUUGGUGUUGUUUGUCUUAUAGGGUCGUCAAAGUAAACUUUACCUGUCCUGUCAAUAUAUAUUAUAUUUGUACUAACUGUCUCGUUGAAGUUUUUCAGAAAAAUAAUCAUGUACGAAAAAUAGGGUUUCAUGACGUAAUACGUGUUACGAAAGGAAAUAAUUCCUAUUUGUAUCUGUAUCAUCACCUUUAUGUUAUAUAAAGUGAUAUGGUGAGCAGUAUGUAAAUCGAUUGGAGUGCGAAUGACACGUGAGAUUUCCAAUCUUCUGUGACAUGUAAUCACAUAACUUUGUGAAUUGGUUAUAUCUGCUGGUUAUAAACGUCUAAUUGUAUUUAAUUGUAAAUAAUUGUUUACAAAGUAGGUAAUUGAUUAAUUGGUGUUAUACUACUCAGUUCAAUCUAUGCUUAUAUGAAUGACAAUCUGGCUAAAUAAAUCGUAAAAGUUGUGUAUUCAUGUAUUCUUUUGAUUUAUUUUGGUAGUCAAAUAAAUCCUUAUCACCGUUUUCCUACUUGCGUUGUCUGAUUCACGGUUUUUCUCGUACUAAAUCAGUUAAAGACUCUGUGGAAAUAGCGUGAAAUUUGAUAGAUUAUCAAGUUUCAUAGUUUCAAUACUAUUAAUUGAAACAAACAAUACCAUGAAUCCAAAGAGUAGUUUUCUUCUGUAUCUUAUAGUCCAUCAUAUGGGAAUAAAGCCUUCAGCAGAGGAGCAUUAUCCAAUCUAUCCCUGUACAUUUAUCUAUAAAUCAAUGGAUUACUAGCUUUCCUCAGUCUCAAGAUCAGUGGGAAUGCAAUAGUCAUGAGCUGAAAAUAACCUCAAAAUUUCUCUCAUUCAACCAUCACUUGUUCGUUUACUGUUAAUUUAUCAGUUAAAUUAAAAUCUAGCGAUUACUUUAUUCACUAAGCUUUUUUUUACUAGUCUGUCUUUUGUUACAUAGAUCGUAUACGCAAAAAACACAAAACAUUCUACUUGAUAUAUUUUAUUAAUGUUAAUCUCCAAUAAUCUGACUUUUAUGAUGGUGAACUAAGAGGGAGGAUGAGUAUUUCUGGCCCCUAUUUUUAAAAUGUUUAUACAAGAGUAUCAUUACUUUUUAAUAGUAUUUUUAUUAUCUACAAUGUAGAUAACCAAAUUCGCUAAAUCAUCCCAACAGUUUCUAAUAAACCAACGUCUAGAGGCUGUGGAUAAACGGUGCCCUUCAUUGGUUCGCGUUGCCAAUGUUGUAGAUAACACCCCUCCUGGAUUUCUCACCCUAGGAUAUGAUGGUUGGCCUGAUAAAUACAACAUACGUAUAGAGGUGUCGUCCCUUGAUUUAUUUCCUGUUGGUUAUUGUCAUGCUUCUGGACAUCCUCUACAAGUCCCACCGGGAUAUGAUUCUGAAUUGGAUUUAAAUGGAAAUUUAAUGGAUUCUUAUUCUAAUUCUUCUGCCAGUUCACUCAGCUGUAGUGGGACUGCCAACCCAUUUGGUGGGUGCCCAACUCCCGGUUGCAAAGGCUACGGGCAUAUCAAAGGACCUCGUUAUUUUUCCCAUCAGCGCAUUUCGGGAUGCCCAUAUGCUGAUAGUAAUCUUAAGAAAGAUGCUAUUAGAGCACACGAACGUCUAAGUUCAACUAAUAUAUUAACGUCCAGUUCUCCUUUUUCUGUUGAUUCAGAAAACCCCGAUUCUAGUGCUACAAUGGCCUCGGUUUCUGCUUACAAUCCUCCUAAUCGUAACUCAGGUCAACGUCUUUCUCCGGAUUCUACUGUCAAAAGUGAAUUCUCUUCAAAUAACACACCCACUGUUGUUACAUCUUAUUCUCUCAUAGCAUGUCCAUAUUUAGAUACCAAAGUUCCAGACUCUGUAUCAGGUAAUUCAGUUACACUGCAAUUUUCUAUUGCGGAUAGCGUUGUCACAACUUCACCUGGUUUUUCACCUGUGAUAAGCAACCUCCAUUCAACCAGUAGCCCAGCUGUUUCUGUCCAGAGUUCACUCCCAAAUGAAUCCCCUCAAUCUAAUGUGUUGCCUUUAAACUUAACACUUGAAAAGUUGCCUGGUUUCUCACCUAAAGAAGUGCCUUUAAGAACUGAAAUUUCAAACUCCUUUUCUCCAGCAAUCGCUAUUGGGUAGGUUAUUUUUUCCUGAUGAUUUGUUCGUUUUUCGCGUAAUCUUUUAACACUGUUCUAUCUCAUGCUUCUCAUCCUUUUUUGAACUCUUAACCCAUUACUUAAAAAGGGACUGAUGAGAUAUCUGAAUUUUUAUUAUUUUGCAUCUCUCACUCAAAGAUUACGAAGUUUUGCUUCACUGGUCUAAUUUACAUAUGAAAUCCUAUACUAAAAAGUUGUCAGUUUAUUUAAACAUAGACGUGGUUGAUGUAAUAGAAAGCUUACUACAUACUUUCUUAAUUACAUUGUUUCUAGUAAUUAAUAGUCUAUUAUUGUCCCAAUAAUUUGAAGUCACCUUCAUGAUCAGUUGUCAAGUAAAAGAUUAUCCAUCGCCAACUGACCAAUAGAAUUUUGCCUUUUGUAUCUUGUAUCUACAUUUCUAACGAUCCUUUGUUAUCAACUUCCAUCCAUAGCGUCAAAAGUACUCUGGAGUUAUAUUUGGGUGCUGUGUUUAUAUUGGGCAACAGAAAAAUCAUUUUCCUGCGCUUUCCACUUUGUUUAAUAAUUCGCAAGUUCAGCUUCUACUCAUGAAAAAUCUGGGUAGCACUAACACUCAGAUCGUUAAUGUUUUCCGCUUUAUUUUCCGUAUAAAGAUUAUGAAGAUUAAAAUAUCAACCAAAUCGAAAUGUUUUACAUUCAUUUCAGUGUGAAUAAUUUUUUGUCAACUAAUUACACAUAAUAAAGCAGGUGAUGCAUUAAACCAAGAUUUUGUGUAUAUUCUGAACAUAUUUUAGCUUAUGUAUCUGCAGCGAUGUGAUUGCCUGACAUCUUAUAAUAAAUCCUUUCUUUAAAUAAGUGAAUUAUUCCAAUUUAGUACACUUUAUUGAUAGCGUUUCAAAAUAAAUUAUUUUAAACCUGUUCUUGAAGAAUGUUUUGUCAAUCGUUAUUGACCCUGAUAAUUUAGCUCGUGUGUUUUUAAUGUAGUCACAAAACAUCACAAUUGUUUUCUAUUUUUCUGUAUUCUCUUCUCAACAUAAACUCAUAAUGUAAAUCCCGGUUAUUUUAUUCCUCAGAACAAUGUAAAUCUAGUGGAGUUUCAUUAUACUUACCUAAUUCAUAAUGUAAAUCAUCGUCGUUAAUUUUCUUUGUUUUGAGUACAUUCAUUUAACAUAUGAGUUGACUGACUCAUGAAUAAUUCUCUUAAACUUAUUGAAUUACGAUUGUUCAUCGAGUUAUGUAUUUACCAAAUCGUACGAUUUUUUACAUGCAUAAAAUGUUGAUAAAAGUCUGUCUUCAAAUAAUAUCGUAUACAUUUGUCUUCGUAAUCGUCUUUCAAGUACCGAGAUUGAUUUGCUAUAUGGCUUACGUAUGUGACAAUAUUUAUCAGUUAUAUCUCUAGUGAAAUUUAAAACUUGAGGACCAAAUGUUUGUGUUCGGUUUUCUCAAACCUUUUGGCUCAUACUUAUUGAUGUCUUUACUGGAUCAUGUUUGGUUGUUUUUAUUGGAUAUUUUCUGUACUUUUAGAAAGUAUACUUUCCUCAUUUUAAAAUUUACGUCAAUGCAACAAACGACUGAAUCCAUUGGAACAUUGUAUUCUUUUUGAUCAUUUUUAUCUAAUACUAUGAAUGUCAAAUAUUAUGUAGGCAAGAUAACUGUAUUCUUCGUCACUAUCAAUCGUACAAAUAGAUUUUAGAGUAUGGUUUUAUUCACUUUUUCUCACACAAUUUUUACUAGUCUGUUAUGCCGCUUCUCAUGCAAUGCUCUUCUAGAGUAUAUAUAUAUAUAUAUAAGGGAAAGAGCAAGUUUUUCAUUAGCUCAACACUUUCUUACUCAAUCAAAAUUAUCCUCAAACGAAACACUUUCGCUUUAUGACUACAGAAUUUUUCAAACACUUCAUCUAUUCAACAUUUUGCAAUUUAAUAGUCCUUGUACUCUGCACGAAAUCGAUAGCCUAAAGGCUUAAGAUAGCAGUUAUUAUUGAAUGUGGAUACUGUAUAGCAGUACGAUUUACGUAUCUGUUUCGUCCUAUUUAUGAUUUGUCAGCUGGAUAUUCCUUCAACUUAGUGUCUUCCUCUUCAAUCUAACAGUCCAAGCGUCAGUGUGAGGAUCAAGAAUACGAUCCCGGUACAUCCAACUGACGAGUGCUAGAUAUUGCCAAACACACAUUCUAGAUUCCAUUACUAACCACUAUCAAAUAUCAAUUGAAACUUGUAAAUGGACGGCAAUAUCGAGACCAUCUACUUAGGAUACUGAUAUGAAACUGAUCAAUUGCAGUCCGUAACAUCAACCAGAUAACGGUAAUCCUUACAAAUAAUAAUUAUUAUAGUACAGAAGUAAACUUAGUUUGAUGAAUAUUGUAUAGAGUAUAUAAGAGUGUAACUCCCUUUGUUUCCAAACGCGAUUAUAAUUUUCCCAGUUGACAAACAGUAUUUUUCCAUAAGAUACUGGGUUACAGAGGAUAAGUAAAGUAUGCUUUGAUGCCACUGUGUUUCAGAAAAAUACAGCAUAAUAUGUUUUGUGUGAGCGUCAGUGCUACUUCGCCGUCAAAAAACGAAUAUGAAAUUAAGUAUACAAAUAAAUGCAUGCCAUCUUAUUGAGAAUGACAUCUGAAAUUAGUCUACCUUUCUGAUGCAUGAUAAUCACCGAAACAUAAAUUACUCUCCAUAAUAUAGUUGUUGGUUGCUAUCUUUAUCUUGCACAAACAGGGAAUGUACCAUAAAGGGACUGGGAUUGUUUUUCUGGUCAUGGGUGUGAGACAGUCAUAAGAUUGCCAUUCUUCGGUCAGAGUCACCAGACGAAUGUUUACUAAAUAGACGGGGUCGUUCUUUAUGGUGAGUUAUUUGAUCUCAUCCUCCUGAUUGUUUCAUCUAAUAUGUUAGCAGUAGGCGAGUAAAUGUUUUGAACUGUUGCCUGUUGAAUAACUUUUCGUGUUGAACUAAUCUCUUUGUAUAAGUCACCAUGAAUGAAUAAACUUAGUCGGUUUUUACUUACUGCUACAAAGGAGACAAUGGAUAAUUUCCCACGCCUAAAAUAGUUGUGUGACUUUUUAAUGUUAACAGCAGCAGUAUUCAAACUCUUUUUAUGUGUUGUGAGAAACCUGUGGUUUUGUUUUCGUGGAUUAUUUCUGAGAAUUCUUGUACAUGACUCCAACGUAUUUAGGGUUCACAUUUCACUCAAAUUACUUUUCACUUUGCAAGCUGAAUAAUCCAACUUUGAUUUCUGUAUUUAUUAUGUAUAUGUUGUGCGUCAUAAUCGUAUGAGUUUUCCAGCCAGUAGUAGAAUAGUCAAUAAUAAAUAUUGGUCACUUCAACGUAUGUUUGCUAUGUGAUAACUGUAAGAUAGUUACCUGUGUCUCAAUCAACGGUCGUUUCAAUAACACAGUAUGUACGUGAACUUUUAUCGUAUUAUAACCAUGAACCAAGAAGGGUUGUUUAUUGCUCUAUAGUGAGUUCAUUUUUGUUUGAUAGUUUUACUAUUAAGUGGUUGUCUUCGAAUUCUUUUUUAAUGCAUCAGACAACACAGUAAAUCGUUUGCCAGACUUCUCUGUUUUUUUCGUAUCUCGUUUGUGAGUGGAAACUUUUUCCUCAUUUUCUCGCUUCAAUGUUUAAUGUGGGGAAUUUCAAUGAGAAUGAUAUUCUUAACACAAUGACUGGCCAUUUUCAUUUGUACAUUUUCCUUCAUUUUCUACAUCUGGACAUUGGAAGCUGGUCUUCAUAUUUUAACCUGGUCAUGUAUGGACUCUUCAUUCACCAUGAUUUCUUUCCCAAAAAGUAUAUUCUACUGUUAACUAAUAAAAAGUCGAAAAUCCAUAUUCUCGAUAAUUACGACAAUCACUUUAAUAUUCAUUUAUGAUUAUUGUGCUAUUGCUUUACUUGUUAAUUGUUUCUGUGUCUGAGUUCAAUGUUCAAUACCAUUUAUUUUAAAUUAAAGGUUUUCUGAUGUAGUUUAAAUAUUCAGAACAUAUCGAAAUAAUGCAGUCGCACUUUUUUGUUUCAGUAUACGUAUCUAACCCCAUAGUUGGUAUUCAUUUUUAUAAUAUAUCUCUUCCGCUAAUUUCCUUUUUGUAGUUAAUUAAUUGUCAAAUAAAAUAUCCCUGUUAAAUUUCUAUUCACGUUAAUGUUAAUAGCCUGUUUGAUUGUACUAGGCUUGUUGAGAAGUAAGUAAAAUAUUUGCCCACCAUCUUAACUUAAUUUGGCUUCAUCUAACUGUGUUGUCGAUAAAUUUUCUUGCCAGACUAUGUUUUUGUUAGUUCUCAGGAUGUUUACAUUUAUACAUUGCUUUCCGGUACUGUGCAUAAAUAAACAUGACCCUCACUUUUCCUUUUUCAAAAUUCUUAAUAUUAGUGCCGUGCCUCAAUGUGAAAACUCAAAUUUAUCUUCUGAAAUCGCAGCCAAUGUAAUAGUCUUAUCAAAUGAAUCCUCUAUUAAUGUUGCGUCUUCAAGCACAAAAUCAAACAUGAAUUCUAAUGACUCAGUUAGACCACAGAAAUUAAGCAAAUUAGAACCUAACCCGGACAGCGUGUCUCCUUCCAACCUUCUGUCUCAUACUGCUGACCAAUCUGAUGAAUAUACAAAGAAUCUUGGCAUAUCCCCUAUACCUAUUAAACGUAAACGAGGUCGGCCUAGGAAAUACACUUCUGUACAUGUUCUCCAUCCAUCCUUACAACAGUCACGUCCUGUUCAUUUCACUUCCUUGACAUCUCUACCACAAUCAUAUACUACGUCUACUGGACGACACUCAUAUCCAGCUAGUGUAUCAACUCAACAUCAUACUCUUUCAUCUGCUGCAGUUCCGAUUUCUUCGUUAUCGAUUACAUCUACAUUGUCACUUUGUAGCAGUAUGAAUGUAACUACCAGUUCUCACCCACCAACGGAUUGUCAAAGUGAUAGUUACCUCCCCCAUAAUAUGGAAUCUAAUAACCUCAAAAACAUCGAUGUACUUAAGUCUGUCACAUGCAGUUCAGAACCAAGUCCCGCUGACAGUGUUUUAACUAAUGCUUGCAUCAAUACUAACAUGGGUUACAUGGAUGUAGACCGCUUAAGAUCAUCUUCUGGUUAUGAAAUUCCUGGGCAGCACACUUCUACCUUAGCUGCAAUAAAUGAUCCGACUACGGGCUAUCCUAUACAUGCCAGGUUGACUCAAGAAAUCACUCCUGUUGACCUGUGUUCUAAUCGCACUCAGCACCUAACGGUUAUGAAUACCUCAGGUAUGAUCAUCAACGCUAGUAACAGUCUUCCUCCUCAAUCUUUGAUCGAGACAUCAAAUACUGGAUGGUAUCCUGAUGUGACUAACGGGUCAUUCAUGCCUCCUAUAUGUCCUAAUCCUGUCUUAUCUUCUCCAUUCUAUAUUGAUACAGCAAGGUCAUCAUGUCUAUUACCAUCUUUUGAUCUAUCCUCUUCAAGUUAUAUAAAUGCUACCGUCAGUAGCUUGAAUAAUCCCUCGUUGAGGGACUUUGAUUUAAUGGGUCGUUUAUUACCACAGGCAGGGGCGGCUAUCCGUGCAGCCAAAGUUGCUGGCCUUCCUGGACCUCACUCGUGGAAUCCAAAUGUUGUAGCUAAUUUUAUUUCUACACUGCCAGGAUGCAAGCAAUUCGCUUGUAAAUUCAUUGAAAAUGUAAGUCAAAUACUUUUUUUACUUGAUUUCUGGUUAUUGACUCAUCUUUCAUUUUAUUUCAUGUAAUCAAUAUCACUACCAAGAUUCUACUCAGCUCGUUGUUUAGAUUUAUCAAAUUUGUUUCUUUGAACGAUCAUUUCGGAAUAUUUAUUGUACCGCAGUUAUGAAUAGAAAAUCGUCAAUAUUUUUUUGAAUUAUUUGAUAUGCGUCGUCUCCGUAGACAACAAGUUUGCAAAAAAUACUGUGGUUCAUUUUAGAUUUUGGUACUUACAAUGUUAUUAGAAAGACUCUUAUUUUUACUCAGGUCAAUCAAUUCAUCAUCUUUUUUCUUCUAUAAAAUGCAAAGCCUUAUUCAGCAGAUGUUGAGAAGCGACGUAGACUUAGUAGUUAUAAGUCAUACAAAUGAGAAAUUUCAGUUAUCUUUCUUUUUGUUGCUGUUGACCGUCUAAACUGGAAAAUUUAAAAGCUGUGUUACUGCUUUGAUUCGCAGCAGAUUAGUGGGAAAAAUUAAACUAAAAGGUGAAGAUUGCCAACAUUGCCUUGGGGAUAAAAAUAAAAAAGAGAUAGUGGGAACAAUCUUCACCAUUUGAAAUAAAAUCCAAACUAGGUGUGUUUGUUUUGUCAUAAUCAAUUUAUUAUUGCUUCAAAUAGUAUUGUUCUUCAUGAAUUCUUUGUCUUGCAGUUAACUUACUAUACCUUAACAAUGUUCUUGUAAAAUGAUGAAGCUUUUUUCCAGUGCUUUAGACCUUUGGCCAUACUGAUUCUGUCGCAAGUUCUAAUUUCUGUCUAAUUUAGUUCAAGUCGCUAUGUGGUUUUUCCAUCAAUUAGCCAUGGUUUAAAACCUAAUCCACAAAGAUGUAAUUGAUUACUGAGUUACAUUGGUCUCAUAAAAGUAGAAAUAAUAGUAGUGUAAUUCAUUCUCCACGUUCAUAUACUCGGCUGCCGAAACUUGAAGUAGAUAGUAUGGGUUUGGAAUCAAUGACCUAUUGAUUAGAAGCCGAGUCCCACAUAAGUUAAUUCUCUUAAUUUCUCUUUUGUUUGAGACUAAACAGACUUAUCGUACAUACUUCUCCAGCGUGUACCUGAGAACUGGUUGAUGCUUUCUAGAUCUCUAGUGUGUAAUGAGUUAAAAGCCAACAAUAAGUAUAUUUCUAACAUCAGUGAGUGACUCGAAUCGUUAGUGACUUUUUGAAAUUAAGUCACUAAUUUUAGUGAUAGACAAUUAUAUAUUGCCCUUUGUCAACUAUUUUUUGAUUUAACCGAUUAUCGAUUUUUUCAUAAGCGUAGUAGUAUGUUGUGGGUUUGAAGGGUAAUUUGUUUCCAUAGAGGAGAUAUAUCGCAGCAAUUUCGAAGCAAAAAGCAAUUUUUGAAUUAAUUAUAUUAAAAUAGGCAUUUCAUAUUCCUUUUAUUGAUAAGUUGGGUGUUUCCCGUUUUUAGAAACUAGCCUCACACCAGACUUUUCUUACAUAAACUUUCCAAUCUUUGACAAUUACAUUCGCUCUUUUUACUAGAGUGAUGAAAUGAAGUGAUCUCUCAGUUCGUUCUCUGCCGAAAUGUGAUGGGAGGUGAUUAAAAAAUAAUCAUGAGGAUGUGGUUCAUACUGUUUGUUUACUAGAUUCCGCUUAAAUUGGCUUACAAUACCAUGCUAAUUUAGAUGUAAUAGAUAUCGUUCUCAGAAGCUAAUACGCAAAGAUUUUCUUGGUUUUUAGUUGUUCCUUCUUUAAAAUUUAUUUUUUCAAGUAUGAUGUGUGCAAAAACGAGUUCUUAUUUUACUUCAGUGUGCUUUGUUCUUUUACCUUUUGAUUAGAAAAUCACAUUUCUAUUAACGUGGUUAGUUUUCUAACUUUUCAUUUCUCUAACAAAAGUCUACUGAUUUCGCUUUAUAAAUAUGAUAAUCAUUUCACUGUGGUCACAAUGCUCUACCUUUAUUCGUGUAAUCAAGCAGAUUUACCAUAGAUAAUUUGUGGAACGGAUUGAAUUCAGGACUGGUGGUACGUUAACUUCUACAUCUAGUCCUCAUUGUCUUCCCAUCUUCACUUUCAUUGUCAUCAUCCGUCACUCACAUUUUCCAAUCCGCAAUAAGUGUUGGUCAUCAGUCGAGUUUAAUGUUUGCUGUAAAAUGUAUACUCAUUUCUUAUCAUCAUGCAUUGACAUAGUUUACGACAUCAGUCUUAACAUUUUUAUUCAGUAGUCUUAAAUACGCUAUGUACCACAAUAUUUUUUUUAGAGUCUAAAUAUUUCAGUUACGUAUAUUUGUGUGAUAGUUUUUCUGUUUGUUACUGUCGGAAAACAACUCUAUGUACUAAUAACAGAGAGAGUGAUUACAUAUUUGUUAGUAACUAGUAGUAAAAUCCAGGUCUUGUCGACUAGAUGUACUCGUUGUGUUCAAAUCUCAAUCAAAACACUUUCCUUUGCUGAAGUGUUCAGUGAAAAGUUGUAACUUGUGGGAAAUAUGCUAUCUGGAUUAUAUUGCUAAGUGUUUGAUCCUGAUGCCAACGUAAUCAAUGUUCAAGCAUCCAUUUAAUAAUUUCCAAGUUUCUUAAUUAAUUCGGUCUUGCUAAUCAACUACUAAAGAGUACAAAUACUUAUGAUAAUGAAAGUUUGUAGUUUCAAAAUAUUUAUAGAUAAAGCCUCUUUUCUUUCCAAUUACUGUACGGGAUUUUUAGAUGAAAAAUAUAUUGAGUCUUCCACGGUAAGAAUUGUUUUGUUCUUUAGCUUGAUCGUCAAUCUAAGUGACUGGAAAUGAAGAAGGCAGCAGCGAUAGAUAACACUUAACAGUUACAUAGACUCAUCAAACAACAUAGAGAUACUUAUCUAUAAUUUCCCAUAACUUUAUUCCAUUAGUCGAGAGAUCUUACGGUAGUCUGUUAUUUUAAGACGUACUAUUAUGGGGCACAUAAACCUUCUACAGCCUCUUUGCUCGGACACUGUUAAUCAAAUUGAAAAUUGUGGCUAUUUUUUGAACUGACUCUGUCAAGUGGUAUUCAUCAAGACAACCUAUCUCAUUUCUGUUUGGUUUUUUUGUAGAUAUUUCCCAGUAGUGCUUUCUUUAUCUGACUUUUUAGGGACUAACUUCCUGUCAGAAAAUUCAUUUGUCGAUCUGGAAUACACAAAUGGAAUCCUCUUGUUUCGUAAAGACUGACAAAUACAGAGUCUUCUAUUCACUUUAAGUAACAACGAAAGCAUGUUUUGAAUCCGUUUCUCACCCUUCAUGUGCUAAAUAUUUAUCCAACAUUGGUCUGUGUCUAGUUUAACGGUAGGGAGUGGAGAAGUGAAACGCGUUGAUCGCUCUACUGAUACUAGAUGGAAAGGCUCAUUCUAUUUAUGAGACUACGUUCCUUCAUCGACGGGUUUGGCUAUGACAUUCAAUAUGAAUGCCUUACCUCUGCUUAACCCGACAUUUAAUCAUUGGCUUACAAAGAAGUAGGUUGAAGAAACUGGGAAUGGUCAGAUCAAGGUGUGACAUCAAUCCAAUUAAACAGACGGUUGGUGUAAUGGAACCAGUUAUAAAGUCAGAAUACUGAGUAAACUCUAGCUUCACCAAAGGUAUACAAUAAAUAAUAAUUGUUACUCCUGCCAAUUUUAUUACAAGCACUAGAUGUACAAUUGAAUAAAACCAAUGUUAAAACACUAGUGUUAUGUUAUAGCAAAAUAGAUAUAUUUUUUAGUUUUACGAGACAUUUCACCAGUAAAAUCCACACUUACAUCUUUAGAUCUGCUACUACCUAUUUCUUACAGCAUCAACUUGAUUUGCAGUUACAGACUCGACCACCCAUGUCAUCUUUCCAUUUGUUCGUUGUUUAAUUAAGGUGUCCCACUAUAUAUAACAUCUGAUUGUUUUUAGGUUUUAGAUCUCUAACAGUCUCUCACCCCUGUUUGAGUGCUCAUCUCACUUUGCAUAAGCUAUCGAGAAUGGGAGGGUUUUGCAGCAUUAAAUCGCAUUAGCAUCAGCGACCCGUGUACACUACCCUUUUAAGUAUAUCAACCGUUCUUCAUUGGUUGAGGCAUCCGACAGAGCUACUUCUAGUUCCCUUAAAAAAACUGGUAAUCAACAGUGUCCUCCAUUAAUACAUUUAGUUACAUGUUCUGGAAGUCCUGUUAAGCUGCUGGAUUUGACGUGAUUCCAACAUCACAGUCAUCAAAUAGUCUGAGAAUACAGGAGUUGAUAUAUAAUCGAACAAAAAUUUCACUGUGUUAUAGGGGAACGUUUUUUCACAUAAUUAAGUAUCCAUAUAUUCUGGUACUCUUAGAAUAUUAAAGCCCAUACUUACCAUGUUAUUCUCAUUGCUUUUUUAGGAAAUAGAUGGAGCUGCUUUAUUGUGCCUUGAACAACACGAUCUGAUGCAUAUAUUAGGUAUGAAACUGGGUCCUGCUGUAAAAGUAUCUACUGCUAUUCAAGCUUUACGUAAAAGCCUACUUGCAACGCCAAUUUCAGAACUUGGUCCAGAGCAUGCAAAUGCUGUCGCUGCAGCUGUAUCAUGUUUUACUAACAGUUUGUCGUCACAGGUUGGUAUCGGUUCAUCUGUUACUAGUGAUUCGCAAUCUGUAGUGAACGGUUCCAGUGUAGACACUUCAUCAUCUAAUACCGGGUGAAGCUAUUCGUAUAACACUAGUUCACUGUCGUUCAGUGAUCAAAAUGCACCCUCUCCUACAUUCCUACACUUGUUGUUUGUUGAAAAUUCAUCCUAAACUUGUUUCACAAAGGGAAGAACGAUAAAGAAUUGACCGUUUCAUAUUUUUACUUUGGGCUUUCGGUUUUUUUGCCUUUUCCACUGUUUAUGUAUCGUCUGCCUGUAAAUGGUAGUAGUCCAAUUAUAUCUCAGUCGAUGUGUGUAUGCUUAGUUUCACAAGAACCGUAAUUCAGAAUCAUCUUCCUAGUUGAUAUUAUUAUUAAUAAUAUUAUUAUUGCUAUUGUCAUUAGCGAUUGAAUUUCGCCAUAUUUACAAUAGUGCCUUACAGUAUAAAACCAACUGUGAAAAUCUGCAGUUCGGAUUCUGAAAUAAAUAUAUUUUGUCUAAAAUUUCCCUUGAUAUAUACAUAUAUAUUUUCCAUUAUGGGUUGCAUACCGCAAAGUAAGAAUCUUGUUUAUCAAUCUUUUCUAUUGGGUAACUUAUCAUCUAUUGUUUUGAUAUCAUGACUAAAGAUUGGAUUUCAUUUAAUAUUUUGUAUAAUUAAUAAUCCAACGUUUAACGUUGUACAAUACUUUUUAUGAUCAACUACAUCACUGUUCUUGUUAGUGUUAUUAUGAUAUUACCAUUAAAUUUGCUAAUUGACUUCGUAGAACAAAUCUGGCCUAUUUUUAAAUAACCCCUAGUAGUGUUUUUAUUGACUAUUUAGUGAAUUUAAAAAUUUCUGUAGUUGGAUUUUGUGUACGAAUAUGUAUCUUAGUGACCACUACUUUGAAUGAAUGUAUUCUUGCUAAAUUAUGAUUGAAUCUGUGACUUACGACACGUAGUUACGUGCAAGUGAUUGUAAACAAAAUGUAUGUUAUUUCGUACAAUUUUUUAUUGACGUUUUUUCUUAGUCAUGAUUGUUGGCUCUUUGACUUCUGGAUAGAACUCCCCUCUAUUUGCGGCGUUUUUUAGUCACCCACUUUUUUCUAUCCUGAAUAAAAAAUGUUCAAGAUAUUCCAGAGAAUUAACUAGACCCAAAAGUAGAAUGUUGAAAUAUAUUCAUGCAAUUACUCAGGCCAGCGUAUUUAUGCAUUCCUUUUGAUUCUUUUGACAUCUAUGCAGGAAAUAACGAGUGCACACUCUUCAAAAUCUUUGUACCUGAAAUACUUGUUCCUCAUCCUAUUACUAUUAUAACAAUAUCCCUUCCGAACAAGUAGCAAUUUCUUCUCGAUGAUGUUUAUCAAGUUUAUUUACAAAUAUGGAUCUUCUGAACCAUACAAAUGAUGUUUUGAUAAUAAAUGUUCGCUUUGGAAUAUGUUUCUUCUGAAUUGUACUGGCGUUUAUCACCUGAAUUUUUUAAAUUAAGAAUAUUAAGACAAGUUACAAAUUUAUAAUCUUCAACAAGGCAUAUAGAAUUGCAUCAACCAAAGUCACACUUCAGAUCGACUGAUCGAACAAAAAUUAAUGAAAAUACGAACAAAAUAUUAAAGAUAACGUAAAUACUAUUGGUAAACUAAACUCAAUAUAUAGUUCUAAUACUUUGAAUGAGAUCAUUGUAUGAAAUUCCACCUUGAUAUGGAAGUUAGUCUUGCAUAUCGUGAUAGCCAAGUCUAUCCAUAUUGGCUAGAACAUUCCUUUUUUUAAUCUCCAACCACCCCAGCCAGUUCGGUUGGAGAGCGGUAAGUUUUCACUAGCUAAGACUAUAGGAUCUUAUGCUAUUGAUGUAUACUCUCUCCGAAACACUCGUACAGAAUCCUAUUAUGGUCAUCCGCUUGACUUCACCUAACCAAUAUGGAGAGAGAAACAAAUCAUAACAUUCGUUCAUCUGGCGACGCAACAUCAAUUACUCAGGACUACACCGGUGUAGUUAUGGCACUAAAUUUGAAGUCAAGACAAGCACUUAACAAGAUUUCUGUUGAUAAUCUCUUAUAUUCUAUUGAUCUCAUAGGCACAGCAAGAACUCGAAAAGAUCAGAACGCACUUCUGUCUCUUCGUCAACCGCAGAUGGGUUGAAAUAAAACAUAAGUAUUACAAGGAACUUCUUAGACUUCAAAAAGACGGGCUCGGAUUUAGUAGACAAUUUCAACGUCAAAGUCGGUAGUCUACUUCAAAUUGAAAAAUACUUGAGUGGAUCAUACGGCGUUACACUCCAGAUAAUGGUAACAGUGUGUUGAAACUAUAUUCAGUUAACUAUACACGAUCCCUGAACCAUAGGUUCACGAAAUUCAGUUUACUGUUACCUGUCGCAACCACUUACUUCAGUGUGGUUGUCUGAAUAUCUCAUCUUUAAAGAAAUUGGGAGGUAAACAUCUGAUUGUGUUCUCACGUGUUGUAUUGUUUCGUAAGUAGGUUAUAGUACAUUGUCUAAUCUAAUUCUCAGUAUUUUAUUGGCUUUUGGUGGCUGCUACAACCUCCUUGGCUUGUUAACCUGAUUAUGCAAGAAUGAAAAGAUUUGAGAGAAAAUCCCCAUACACUCCAUAUUGAGUAGUGUAGAUCAACGAUGAUUUAGGCGUACGAAUUACGUUAUUCACUCACACACUUUUGAUGAGGUUGAUUUAUCAAAAUAUAUUACCCGUCAAAUAACUUUGUGGGUACUCUAGGCAUGAUUACAUUACUAAUUUCAUUUACAGAUAUCUUGUUAGUUAUUAUAAUCAGUUUCUUAUAAGCCUUUGGUUAUCACGUUCUUUCAAACCCUUAGUUGUUUGGAGCACUUCUAAUAAGUUGUGUUUAUAAUAUAUGUUUGUUGUUAUUUUCAAGAUCAUCAGGUAUCUGGCAAUCAAGUAGAUAUAACCACAAACAGAGCUUUAAUGCAUUUGUUGGUCACACAAUUGUAGUUUACCCGUCAGCUGCCUCGUCACUUCCUGUUUCAUCUUCUCCAUAUCCUUCGAUCUUUAAGAUCUUGCCUCCACAAUAUAAUUACAAGAAUAGGGGAUAAUUACCGCCAAAGAAUUGUAAAAUAUUUAUAGUAGACAGUAGUGGAUUGUUGCGGGUUAACAGUCAUGUACCGAUUUAGUCAACCAAAAUCAAUACGGGGCAUGGCACAACUGUGCGUUUCCAUCGGUUGCCAUACCGCCUCGACACAGCAAGAUGAAACUAACAUCAAGAGUCUAAAUAAUAGUAGUUUCAACGUUAGUGCGUAGUAGCUAAACAUAGACACCCUACCAAGUUCGGAUUGAUUUAAUAUAGUAGGCGUCUAAGUAUAAUUUAAUUACCAGCCCUCCUAUCUAUAUCCACAACUAAAAACAGGAGCCCACUUUACGUAUUUAUUGGACAGGUAACGUGUUCUUGGGCGUCUUUUCACUGUAUUGAAAAUAAUUAGAUGUUGCCACUUCAAAGAUUCUAUGAAAUAGUGUCAGGUGAUACGCAGUAGUUUUUUUCUGGUUUUCUCAUUCAGUGUUAUACAUCCCAUUGUCUGGAUCCUACGUUUGUUAGUAAAUUUGUUGUUUCGUGGUUAGAUGAUGAAAGUCGUGAGGGAAACAGCGAAAUUAGCUGCUGCAUUAGUGAUUAAAGUCAGGACGAGUUCUUUUAUACUGUUAUGUCAAAGUUUUUCCACAGCCUGAGGACAUUUCUUGGACAAUUCAACUUUUUGCGUGUAAAGAUAUGACAUUCUAAUACUGCACAUUCGUACUUCUCCUCAUUAGUAUAUUUUUCAGGUUUCUUAAAAAUGUCUACAAGCUAGUUUGUGAUUGGCUGAUAACUUAUAUUCUAUAGAUUUCAAGAUCACUUUCAAAUUAUCAUUAGGAACUAAACAAUUACAACAGCUUGGAUACGAUUAGCAAUAAACCAAUCGCUCCUAAUAGAAAUCGGCCAUCUUGAUUCCGAUCAUUUUCUCUCGUAUUAUCACUUGCAAAAUGUCCGUUUUUAUGUUCAAAGCCUGUGCUGAUGGCUAGGAUUUAUCAAGUGGCAACCAAAUUGGUUUUGUGCUUUUAAUUUCUAUGUCAACUCUUACAUAUUAAGGUGCGUAUAUUUUUCUGCAUAUAAAUGAAAAAUAUUGCUUCAGAACUGGUCUGCUUCGGCCCCUGAAUUAGUUAUAUGAAGUAAAGUAGCUGAGCGGACCGACCAUUUCACCUAUUUUGAAGGUCUCACCAGCUCUAGUGGGUUGGAGUUUGGCGAGAUCAUGGCACGAAUUCAGGAAACCCGAUUAACCAUUGCCAGCUUGGAUCAUUUGUGGCGUAGGCGAGAUAUCCGUUUGCAAACCAAAAACGAGUAUACUGACAUCAGUUCACUUGGUUCUACCUUAUGACUGUGAGACAUGACCUUUGAAACCAAAGAAUAAUCGUAGAUAACAAGUAUUUGACCAUAGGUGUCCUCGAAACACUGCCUGUUUAUAUUGGGACCAUUGAAUGAGUAAUGCUGAGGUUAGAUGCAGAGCACUAAGUAAUAAUAGCAAGCUGGUUUGGAUAUAUGUUGCAUUUGCCUAGCCACCGCCCACACCGACGUUUUGUGGUUAGGAGACUAGAAGAAAGGUAGGGGAAGGCAAACCACGACGUGUCAUCAGUUCACUAAGUUUCUGACUUUUUCUAAAUCGUGUACGAAGGUGCAGAUUACCCAGUUGGUAUCCGGUUAAUAAUCAUGACCAAUGGUUAAUGAGAUGGAUGAGGUGCAUUCUGUCUUUGUCUUUAUUUAAAUCCGGAGUCCCAAAAUGUGCCGAUACUUCUAGUUUUCUUUCUCCGUGCCUAAUGUUUUGUACAACAAUCAGUGCUUUUACCAAUUCUGCUUUUCUUGGAUUUAUCUUGAUCACGUAUCUCACUAUGCUAGUGGUGACUUCAGCCAAUGCACAUAUGUAUCAGGUUCUACGUAGCUUGUGACUGACCGACUACUCGUGUUUUCGAAGGGCAUUUCCUUAGACUCAUCUGACUGUUGUGAUUCCCAAAUCAAACUGAACCGUGGUUUCUGUGUAGCUGACAUUUAAAGCAAUAGUGUCGAGUGUUAAAACAGACUGCAUAGUUAUCAGUAGUUACGUUUUUAUGAUUGAAAUGUGUGGAUUAUUGUCACUUUUAUUUCCUGAUGCGUAAGGCGAAAUUUAACGGGGUUUCGAUAACUUGCAGUGAUUUUACAGAUUAUGGUAGUAAAUUGAGGGGCUAUAAAGUGUCCCACCGCCUAUUUUUCCGAAGCAUUGUUAAGUUAUAUUAAAACAAUUAAAUUUAACUUAUUGAGAUUGUUUGUUUUCUGUUAAGUAAGAAAUUUACAUAACAUAAAGGGUUAACAGUUGUCACACUUUUCUUAUUGUCAACAUGGGAUUCAUUUUCAUGUAGUUCACCUUUUGGUUAGAUAUCUGGAAGUUUUCACGUGCUACUUCCUUAUGUUAUUCAAAAAUUCUGAUUGACAUACGAG